UUUAAAAAUUUCAAAGUAAAACACAAAGUUCUAUCUGGUAAAGUUCAAUCAUGGCAACGGGAGAGAAGAUCGAAGAGCCUCGAAAGGAUAAUAAAGUCCCUCAUUCUGAAGAACAAGAAAAAGAGUUAUCCAAGGAUAUCCAAGACAAGGGUAAUGAAGCAAAGGAUUUGAAAAAUGUUGGGGAAAGUGGUGAAUCUAAAAAGAAUGAGGAUGUCACUGAGAAGGCGGUGGCCGAGGAGAAGAAGAAGAAGAAUGAGGAUGAAAUACAGAAGAAGAACAAUGCAGUUGAAAAGGGAGAUGAGAAAAGUUCAACAAUGGCGAUAGAAGAAAAGCUAGAAAAUCCCCAGGAGGAUGUGAAAAAUGUAGGUGAGGCUGGUGAAUCUAAAAAGGGUGAGGGUGUAAUUGAAAAGGAGGUGGUGGAGGAGAAGAGGGCGAGUGAAGGUGAAACGAGGGAGAUUGUGGUGGAGGAUAAGGCUAAUAAAGGAGAAAUUGAGGAUGUGGUAUUGGAAGAGAAGAACAAUGAUCAGGUUGAAAAAGUUGAGAAAAGCUCAUCAUUCUGGGACUUAAAAGAGCAGGAGAAAAGGGCUUUGAUGGAGUUGAGAUCGAAGCUCGAAAACGCAAUACUUGAGAACAAGUUGUUCAAGGGAAAUAAGAAGAAAAUGGUGGAGCAUGAGAAGGAAAAGGUAUUGGAGAAGGAAGGUGGAGAGAAAGAGAAAGUAAUAGAGAGUGAGCCUGUGAAGGAAGCUGGGAAAGAGAAAGAAAGUUCCGAGAAAGUAGAAGAGGUUGAAGAAAAGGGAAAGAUAUCUGAGAAGGCAGGUGGGGAGGAGGAGAAAAUCAAUGAGGGGAAAGGAGAGAAAAAUGUUAUGAAACAAGCUGAGAAAGAGAAAGACAGUUUGAGGAAAGUAGAAGAAAUUGAAGAAAAGGGAAAGAUAUCGGAGAAGGAAGGUGGAGAGACGGAGAAAAUAAAUGAGGCGAAAGGAGAUGAAUUAGUCGUGGAAAAAACUGUGAAGGAGAAGGAAGGCUCUAAGGAGGUAGAAGAAAAGUUAGUAGUAAAAGAAGAGAAACAUGACGGUGAUAAACUUGCCAAGCAAGAAGAUGAGGAAAAUGCGGAAAAGGCAGAAGAAGGCCUGAAAGAGAACAACAAUGAGGCUAUUGAUCAGGAUAGAAAGCUUGACGUUAUCGAUAAGGAUAUCACAAUUUGGGGGGUACCCUUAUUGCCUAGUAAAGGAGAUAGUGGCACUGAUGUGAUACUAUUGAAGUUCUUAAGGGCUAGGGAGUUCGAUGUCUAUGAUGCUUUCGAGAUGUUGAGGAAUACGCUCCAAUGGAGGAAGGACAACAAGGUGGAUUCGAUCUUGGAUGAAGAAUUUGGUGACGAUCUUGGUUCCAUAGGGUGUAUGAAUGGUGUGGGUCGUGAAGGACAUCCGGUUUGUUAUAGUAAUUUUAAGCUGCUUGGGGAUGAAGGGGUGUAUGACAAAAUACUAGGGACUGAAAAGAAUCGCGAUAUGUUUAUAAGGCGAAGGGUUCAACUGAUGGAGAAAGCAAUUCAGAAGCUCAACUUUAAGCCUGGUGGAGCGUCCUCAAUCCUCCUAGUCAAUGAUCUUAAGGACAUGCCUGGUCCUUCUAAGAAAGAGCUUCGACAUGCUACAAAGCAGGUUGUCGGGAUACUUCAGGACAACUAUCCUGAAUUUGUUGCAAGAAAUAUCUUCAUCAAUGUUCCAUUCUGGUACUAUGCCCUAAGUGCUACUAGCGCUGUCCUAUUGCCUUUCUUAACUCCAAGAACCAACAGCAAAGUUGUCUUCGCACGCCCGUCCAGGGUCACGGAAAUCUUGCUCAAGUAUAUAGCUGCAGAGGAACUACCGAUCCAUUAUGGCGGGCUGAAGCGGGAAGAUGAGUCUGAUUUCUCAACUGAAGAUGCUUCCGCAGAGAUUACUGUUUAUCAAUCAUCAUCAGAAACUAUUCAAAUCCCUGUACCAGAGGCAGGAACAACUUUAAUGUGGGAAGUUACCGUGUUGGGUUGGGAAGUACACUACAAGGAAGAAUUCUUUCCAACUGAUGAAGGAUCAUAUGGCAUUAUCAUUCAAAAGGGCAGGAGGGUUGGUGCGCAAGAGGGUUCUCUCCGAAAUUCUUUCACGAACAACGAACCUGGAAACGUUGUUUUAACAAUUGAGAACGGAUCAUUGAUGAAGAAGAACGCGUUUGUUAUCGAUACAAGGUCAAGAAUGGUUCUUGAGAAAUUGUACUCAGUCUGAAAAGUGUUUAUGAAAUUGUUCAAGAUAAGCAGUAGGCCUGGGAAGUCCCAUACAAUAAGUUACAUAGGUAGCACAAGUUUUCUUUUAGUAAUGACAACGUUAUUUAACACAGCAUGGUUUUGGCCGUGUAAUUUGUGAAUGUGUUUCCACUCGGAAUUGGAUGACAUUUUUUUCUAUGAAUUUUUGGAGGAUGAUAUUCAUAUGUAACCUUGUCGCCGGCAACAAUUUUGUGUCGGUGGCGGCGCAGCCAUAUUUAUGAAUCUUCAAGUUUUGUUUGUA